CAAUGAUUGAUGCAGGCGACCACGCAGCAGGCAGUGCGUCGGUCAGUCACCGCACGGAAACAUGCAGUAAGAUGAAAACGCGUACGCGAAGUCCAUCCACGGUGACGAGACGCAAAAAGCCCUCAUGCAUCGUCCGUCCAUGUAGACGCCAUUCACGAGCCCACCACACCACCUGUGCGCCUCUGGCCUGCCUGAGCACGGACACGCUCAUCCACCCACUAAUAUUAGUAUUCACACUGAAGAGUCCUCCCCGGCCCAUCCCUCCCCUCCCUGGCUCACCAACUCCUCCCCUCAUUUCCCCUCCCUCCCUCAAUUAGUCGCUAGCUAAAGACGCAGCCACCCGGCGGCUGGCCCCACUUCACUCACAGACAAAGAGAGAGACGUGAGGCUGAUCCAUCCAUCGUCUAGUGCGUGCUUGGUCCGGUGUUCAGGCAUAUGUACAGACAGGCAGGCAGGGAGGCAGGCAGACAGACAGAGGGAGGGAGGGAAGGAGGAAGAGAGGGAGGGAGGGAGGGAGGGAGGCAAGACGAGAGCCGGCCUGCGUGGGUCACCGGAUGCAGGGAAAAACCGCCCCAGGCAGGCAGGCUGGCAGGGAGUCAGAUAGAUACUCGUCUGUCUUUAAUUAUGGCGCACACGCACAUCCUGCAGCAGCAAUGAGUGCAUUUGCGAUAGCUACAAACCAGGCAGGAGGCAGGAGGCAGGCACUACAUCGUCUGACUAGACACUCACACGACUACGGCUCGCUGGCUGGCUGUCUGUCUACAGCUAGAGCUACAGUUCGUCGUGGCCUGGCGCCUCUGUGGACUCGCUGCCGCCCUCCUCCUCGCCGCCCUCCAUGUCGCCCAUCUUCUCCUGGGCCUUCUUGAUCAGCUCCUCUACGUCUGCCUCAGCGUCGCUCGACGGCUUAUCCCCUGCACACACACAUACACACAAAAUGUGAUAGACAUACUCAGCUCGUGUGGGUGGGUGGGUGGGUGGAUGGGUGGGUGUGGACCUUCCUCCUCGUCCUCGUCUUCAUCCUCGUCGAGCGGGCCCACAUCGACCUCCUCGAUGGGCGCCUCGGGGUCUACACCGAUGUCCAUCGACAAGUAGCGAUACCUACACACACACCAGCAAACAGACCAUAUAUACCACAUUGCUUGCACAGCCUGGUGUGUAUGUUAUGUGGAGGUAUGUGGGCUCACAGUUUGGCGGCCAUGUCUGUUGGGUUCUCAACGUCAAAUCCCGAGGCCAGCAUGGCGCUGUCGAAGAGCAUCGACGCCGUCGCCUUGGCGCCCUUGUCCUCCUCGUCAGCCUGCGCACACCCACACACACACACACACAGAUUUUUGUGUGGCUGGCUGAGUGUGUGUGUGACCCACGUACCUUGAUUUUCUCGAGUAGCGACUUGAUGACGGGGUGGUUGGGAUUGAUUUCGAGGACCUUCUGGCCGGCCAUCAUCUUGACCUCGUUGUUGUUGGCGAAGGCCUGCGACUUCAUGAUCUUCUCCAUGUAGGCCGAGUAGCCCCACUGCGACGCCACCACGGCCACAGGGUCCUCCACUAACCUCUUGCUCAGCUCAACCUGAUGACACACAAGCACACAGAGAGAGGGGAGGGUGUCUGUGUCUGUGUCUGUCUGUGGGUGUGGGUGUCGCGGCGCUGUUACCUUUUGGAUUUUGUCCUUGAGGUGGUUCUUCCACCACUUCAUGAGCGGCUCGUACAUCUCCUUGAGCUUCUUGUCGCGCUUCUUGUCGUCCUCGGACUCGUCGAACUUGAUGUCGCCCUUCUGGAUGGACACCAGCUUCUUGCCCUCGAAGUCGAGCAUCUUUUGGAAGCACGGCUCGUCCAUCGACUCUGUUGCCAUUUCGUUGCAUGCAUUGCCACACACACACAGAGAGAGAGAGAGAGAGAAAUCCAUGACUCUCUCUCUCCCUCCCUCUCUCUCUCUCUGUCCGUGUGUGGGGGUGGGGGGGCCUGCCUGUGAGGAAGACGACUUCGAGGUCUCGUUUCUUGAAGGCCUGCAUGUGUGGGGACUUCAUGAGCUGGUCGGUGGACUCGCCGGCCAUGUAGUAGAUGGUGUCCUGGUUCUCCUGCAUCCUGUCGACGUAGUCGUCGAGGCCGAUCUGCUUGUCCAGCGACUUGCUCGUGUGAAACCUGAUCCAUAUCAUCCACACGACACGCGCACAAGGAGGGACACACAGACGAGCACCACGGUGAGUGUGCUGUGCCGUGGACCACGUCUCUGUCUGUCUGGGUGGCGUGUGCGUGUGUUAAGUAAGAUGGUCUCUUCAUUCGUGUGUGUGACGUCUGUCUCAUCACGAUCGCGUCAGCGUGGAGUGAUUUGUGUGCACGUCAGCUAAUCCUCAGCGAUCCCCCCUCCCCCUUGCCCUCCACACGAGCACACACACGCAAACGCACCUGAGGAGCUUGACGAUCUUGGCCCUGUUGGAGUCGUCUUCGUAGCAGCCGAGCUUGAGGUUGCGCGAGAACUGAUAGUAGAACUUGUCGAACCGAGACUUCUCGUCCUUCUUGGGCUUCUCGUCUUUCUUCUCCUUCUCGCCCUCGGCCUCUGCACGACCAACAUGACAGACACCGACACACGGAGGCGCAUGGGCGCAUGUCAUGUUUGGCUUGGGGGCUGUGCUGUGUGUGUUGGGUGUGUUGGGUGUGUUGGGUGUAUGGCAAUGUGUAGUGAGUGUACCUUCCUCCUCCUCCUCCUCCUCCUUUUUCUUGUCGGCCUCCUUGGCGAGCUUCUUGAACAGCUCGAGCGUCUUGCGCACCAGCUUCUUGCUGAUCACCUUCAUCACCUGCACACAAAUAUCCAUCGCCCACGCGACGCAAUGGAACACACUUUUUUUUUCCAUCCAUCCAUCCAUCCUCCGGCCCAUGCACCAACCCACCCACCUUGUGUUGCUGCAGCUGCUCCCUGUUGACGUUGAGUGGCAGGUCGUCCGAGUCGACGACGCCGCGCAUGAAGUGGAGGUACUUUGGCAUGAGGUCCUCGAACUGGUCCGCCACCAGCACCCGCCUCACGUACAGCUUCAGCUGGCUCUGCUGCUUGAAGUAGUUGUCGAACAUGUCCAUCGGGGCGCGGCCGGGGAUGUACAGAAUCGACUGCACUCACUCACACACACACACACACACACAGGUAGACACCGACAGGGAGAGGGAGCGGUGGGUGUGUGUGAUGGGUGGCUGAUGGGUGUGUGGUGGGUGACGGACGGACGGACGGACCUUGAAUUCGAUUUCGCCCUCAGCGUUGAAGUGGGUGUAUGCGAGAGGGUCCUGGUAGUCUUUGGUGGUGCUCUUGUAGAACUCCUUGUACUCGGUGUCGGUCACCUCCUCCUUCGGACGCAGCCAUAUCGCCUUCUGCGUGUUGAGCUGCUCCCACUCCCUGCACACACACACACACACACACACACACGCGCAGACACAUGAAUGAAUGACCGUCCACCCACCCAGCUCCCUCCCUCCCACCAGUAUUUCUUGGUGACAGAUUUGGUCUUCUUCUUCUUCUCCUUCUUGUCCUCUCCCUCGUCCCCUUCCUCCUCUUCCUUGACCUCGACGUCCUCCUCCUUCUUGUCCUCUUCGUCCUCCGCCUCGACGGGCACCUCCUCGGUCUUGCUCUUCUCCACACGCAGGUAGAUCGGGAAGGAUAUGAACUGGGAGAACUUCUUGGCCAGGUCGCGCAGCUUGUACUCAUUCUGAGGGUGGGUGGCGGGGCGGCAAGGCAAGGCAAGAGUGGGCAGGGCAAGGAGAGAGGGUGUGUGUGUUGGUGUUGUCGCGUACGCACCAGGAAUUCGGUAGAGUCUUCCUUGAGGUGCAUGGUGAUGCGAGUGCCCCUGCCGAGUGUGUCGCCUCGGGGGUCCUUGGCGAUCCUGAAGUUGGCGUCUGCAGUCGACUCCCAGAUGUGCUGCUCGUCGUCGUGGUGCUUGGACGUCACCUACAGCAGGGCCAGCCAUUGCAUGGACACACACCACACAGGCAGGCAGGGAUGGUGUGCUGAGUGAGGUUGUGCGGGGUGGGUAUGGUAUGGUGUGGGGGCUGCGUGUCGCGCGUACCGUGACUUUGUCGGCGACGAGGAAGGUGGAGUAGAAACCCACACCGAACUGACCGAUCAGAUUCACAUCGGCACCUGGCACAUCAUACACACCACAACACACAACACACACGUCCACCCACCCUGUCUCUGUGUGUGUGUGCGUGUGUGUGCGUGAGUGUGCGUCUGACCUCCAGCAACGGCUUCCAGGAAGUUUGUGGUUCCGGAUUUGGCGACAGUGCCGAGGUUGUUGAUGAGGUCCUGUUUGGUCAUGCCGAUACCCGUGUCGGUGAGGCUGAGGGUCUUGGCCUCGCUGUCCCACUCUAUCCUGAUGUCCAAGUCCUUCUUGUCGCCCAACACCUGCAACACACACACACACACACACACACACACGUGUAACCACCGAGUUGACGAGUAUGAGGGUGAGGCUGCAGGGUGUGGUGUGUGUACUCACCGCUUCGUCGGUAACGGAGAGGUAUCUGACUUUCUCGAGCGCGUCCGCGGCGUUUGAGAUGGUCUCGCGAAGGAACACCUCCUUCUGCGUGUACAGACUGUUGAUGAUAAUGUCCAUCAGCCGAUUCACCUGCACACAACACAACACACGUAUGGCCACACACAGAAGGAGGUGGGGUGGCUGUGUGUGGGGUGGCUGUGUGUUUCUGCGGACCUCAGCCUGGAACUCGUAGUUCUCCGAGGACUUGCCGAGGGCCUCCUUCUCCUCGUCAGACAUGGAGUCCAUGUUCUUGCUGUGGCGCACACAACCAAACAAGACACAUACCAUCCGCAGUGCCUAGUGCCCGUCUGCAGCCUCUGAGCCGCGUUCCUCACCCAUCAGCGGGCUUGUUCUUGGGCUCAUCCUCUCCCUCGUCGUCGAGGGCACCUUCGUGCCCCUCGGCCGCGAACUCUUCAGGCAGAUCUUCGUCCUCACACACAACUACACACACACAUGGGCGGUCAGCAUGAAGCGGCCACGUGCCGUCUCCGUGCUGUCUGGCUGUGCGGCGCACCUGUGUUGAGGCUGAGCAGGAAAACCAGGGCCACGAGGCCCAGCAGCAGCCAAUGGCGCACCAUCUCCGAGAAGAGGAGUGUGUCGAGCCGCCGCCAAGGGAGAUCGGCGCAGGAAGGUGACCAAGCUGACAGUCUCCGCACCCAGCAGCGGCUUUCUGGUGUUUUCA